ACAAACCCCGCCUAUUUCUACAAUUUAUAUUCUUAAAAUCGUAUAUGAAACAUAACCUUAACCAGACUGCUAACCUUAAGCCUAAACUUAAACUAAGAACAUAAAGCACAUUUUUGUUUUCAUGAAUUUUUACGAUAUAGCCCGUUGACGAUAGCCAAUUUUGACUUUGUGGAUAUGGUAACUAGUGCCAACCCAGAAGGAGUUGCAACAUUUGAAGUAUCAAGAAGAAAAUAUUAAAUCUACCUUGCUGUUUCUAUGUCUCAAGAUGACAAGCGUUGCCCUCCUGAGGAGUUGAAGCGCUGGAGCUCGCCUGGCCUUAAACAUGAAUUCACCAGAGGACAGUUCUUCCUUUUCCACUCAGAAGAACUCAAAUUGGACCAACCACCAAACAUCCACUCCACAGCCAGGACUUAGCCCUGCUAGCCCAGUUCAAACACCUGUUUCAACCAACCCUGCUAGCCUGUCUCAAUCACUAAUUACACCCCAGAAACAGAAGACAGCAGAGAAUGGAACCUCUGAUGCAUCACAGCCACACAGUGAACGGCGCAAGAGGGGGAGGCCACCCAAAGACAAGACACCUCAUACUGUCCCAGAACAUCAGAUCCAGUCCCCUUCAGAUUCAGACCCAUGUUCACAGCCACACAGUGAACAGCGAAAGAGGGGGAGGCCACCCAAAGACAAGACACCUCAUACUGUCCCAGAACAUCAGAUCCAGUCCCCUUCAGAUUCAGACCCAUGUUCACAGCCACACAGUGAACAGCGAAAGAGGGGGAGGCCACCCAAAGACAAGACACCUCAUACUGUCCCAGAACAUCAGAUCCAGUCCCCUUCAGAUUCAGACCCAUGUUCACAGCGAGAGGAAGAAACUAAUGCUGUCAGAGUGAUACAUCCCCUCUCAUCCAACUCACCUGUGCCUGAGGACCGGUGUCAGUCACCUGAUGCCCUAACAGAGGUUGAGACACAGCCCCUGUCACCCAGCCCACCAGUGGGCUCCUCUGAACUACCUUCCUCCACCAAGGAUUUACAGAGGGUACAUCGUAACGAAGGGUCCCAUCUCUGUAGUCCAUCUGUAGAACAAGGAGAUACAACCAGCCAUAAUGUCCUAAUUGCUAGAGAUCACACAUAUUCACUGACCAGAGAGCUAGAGGCUGAACCAUUUGUUUCACCCCAGAAACAGAGGACCACAGAGAAAGGAACCUCUGAUCAGUCACAGCCACACGGUGAACGGCGCAAGAGGGGGAGGCCACCCAAAUACAAGACACCUCAUACUGUCCCAGGACAUCAGAUCCAGUCCCCUUCAGAUUCAGACACAUGUUCACAGCCACACAGUGAAUGGCACAAGAGGGGGAGGCCACCCAAAUACAAGACACCUCAUACUGUCCCAGGACAUCAGAUCCAGUCCCCUUCAGAUUCAGACCCAUGUUCACAGCGAGAGGAACAAACGGAUGCUGUCACAGUGACACAUCCCCUCUCAUCCAACUCACCUGUGCCUGAGGACCGGUGUCAGUCACCGGUGAGGAAGUAUAGAAAAAAAUCAGAGACCCCUAAGGUAGACCAGUCGCAGGAGACUGACCAGUCGCAGGAGACUGACCAGUCGCAGGAGACUGACCAGUCGCAGGAGAUCCAGUCCCCUUCUGAUUCAGACCCAAGUUCACAGCCACACAGUGAACGGCGCAAGAGGGGGAGGCCACCCAAAGACAAGACACCUCAUACUGUCCCAGGACAUCAGAUCCAGUCCCCUUCAGAUUCAGACCAAAGUUCACAGCCACACAGUGAACGGCGCAAGAGGGGGAGGCCACCCAAAGACAAGACACCUCAUACUGUCCCAGGACAUGAAAUCCAGUCCCGUUCUGAUUCAGACCCAUGUUCACAGCCACACAGUGAACGGCGCAAGAGGGGGAGGCCACCCAAAGACAAGACACCUCAUACUGUCCCAGGACAUCAAAUCCAGUCCCGUUCUGAUUCAGACCCAAGUUCACAGCCACACAGUGAACAGCGCAAGAGGAGGAGGCCACCCAAAGACAAGACACCUCAUACUGUCCCAGAACAUCAGACCAAUCAGGCCCUAACAGAUACACACGCGUGUUCACAGCCAGAGGACCAAACAGAGGCUGAGACACAGUCCUUGACAUCCAACUCACCUGCGCCUGUCCUUGAGGACAGGUGUCCGGCACCGGUGACAAAGAGGAAGUAUACAAAAAAAUCAGAGACCCCUAAGGUAGACCAGUCGCAGGAGACCGACCAGUCGCAGGACAGUGAGACUUUGAGCAAGAGGAAACAUGCAUCUAAAACGUCACAGACCUCCAAGGUAGCUCAAUCACAUGACCAGUCGCAGGAGACUGUGAGGAAGUGGAAACAUACUAGAAAGUCACAGAGCCAUAAAGUAGACCAGUCACAGGAAACUGAGGGGAAUAGGGAAAAGACAUCUGAAAUAUCGCUGAAGCGUAAGCUAGAGUCACAAGUGGAGACUGUAAAAAAGAGAAAAUAUAUUAAGAAAUCAAAGAGCCAUAAUGUAGUCUCUGCCAACCACAUCUCACUCCCUGUGCUAUCUGCAGACCUCUCCCACAGCGUUGUCUCUUCCACACACAACCCUCCUGGUGUCCCAAAGAGAAAACAUAGGAAAAAAACACAGAGCCACAGGGUAGACUCUGAGAUCGUCUCUUCAUUCCCUGUUCUAUCUGCAGAACUCUCUUCUGGCCUAAAGAGGAGCCUCUCUCCUACUCUCAGCCCUCCUGGUGUCUCUUCCUUGACAAGCACACCUAAGAGAGUCAGAGGCAGAACUAAGGGGGUCCAGCAACAGAUCUGUCUUAGCUCCACCCCAGGCCCCAGAUCCUCCAUAGGAACAGCCAACUCCUUCUCUGUCGCUCCGUCUCCCCUGGCCCCCAGCUCUAAGCCAGACAGCCCUCAGAACGCCUCACCUAUCACCUGGAAGCUGUUCCAUCUAGACAAGAUUCCAGAGCCAGACGGAGCUGUACCCAGCAGUAAACCUUGGGGUAAACCCAGAGGUCGACCAAGGAAGGACCCGGCUGGAGUGAAGAAGCCGGCUGUAGUGAAGGGAGUGAAGAAGCCGGCUGUAGUGAAGGGAGUGAAGAAGCCGGCUGUCGUGAAGGGAGUGAAGAAGCCGGCUGUAGUGAAGGGAGUGAAGAAGCCGGCUGUAGUGAAGGGAGUGAAGAAGCCGGCUGUAGUGAAGGGAGUGAAGAAGCCGGCUGUAGUGAAGGGAGUGAAGAAGCCGGCUGUAGUGAAGGGAGUGAAGAAGCCGGCUGUCGUGAAGGGAGUGAAGAAGCCGGCUGUCGUGAAGGGAGUGAAGAAGCCGGCUGUCGUGAAGGGAGUGAAGAAGCCGGCUGUCGUGAAGGGAGUGAAGAAGCCGGCUGUAGUGAAGGGAGUGAAGAAGCCGGCUGUAGUGAAGGGAGUGAAGAAGCCGGCUGUAGUGAAGGGAGUGAAGAAGCCGGCUGUAGUGAAGGGAGUGAAGAAGCCGGCUGUAGUGAAGGGAGUGAAGAAGCCGGCUGUCGUGAAGGGAGUGAAGAAGCCGGCUGUCGUGAAGGGAGUGAAGAAGCCGGCUGUCGUGAAGGGAGUGAAGAAGCCGGCUGUCGUGAAGGGAGUGAAGAAGCCGGCUGUCGUGAAGGGAGUGAAGAAGCCGGCUGUCGUGAAGGGAGUGAAGAAGCCGGCUGUCGAGGAGAGCGUGAAGAAGCCGGCUGUAGUGGAGAGCGUGAAGAAGCCGGCUGUAGUGGAGAGCGUGAAGGACCCGACUGUAGUGAAGAGAGUGAAGAACCCGGCAGUAGGGAAGAGAGUGAAGACUCAGUGUGGUAAGAAGGUGAAGACUGCAGCAGAGGGAGGUUCCCAGACCUGCAGCUCAGAGGAGGGGCCUCCAGCCAAGCACAGACGUAGAAUCAGGAAGGGUCUUACAGCAGAGGGAGUGGAGAGAGUCGGUCUGCAGAGUGACGACAGCACCAGCUCUCAGCCAAUCCAAUGCUCCAGACCACGGUUUGAGCUACUGGAGUUGGACUCACCGGACGAAGACACAGGAGAUGCCCCCCUGUCCUCAAACCUGUCCAUCGAACUGAGCCUUCAGGAAGACCACCUGACAUCACUUCCUCUUGAAGAGGAGGAGGAGGAAGAGCAGGAGGAUGAGGAAGAUCUGCCCAGUUUCUUAAAUAACACAAAGUCGCUGUCCAUAACAGAGGGAAUAUGUGUUUGGUGCAAAUUUAGAAACUAUCCUUUCUGGCCGGCAAUGGUGAAAAGCGUGAACCGGAAGAUGAAGAAAGCCAGCAUUGUGUUUAUUGACAACCUGCUGUUUGACAAGAAGAGGAUACGAAAAGGCUUCUCUGUGGCCUUAAAAACAUUGAAGCCUUUUGACUGUGAAGAGGCUGAUCAGCUUGUGUGUAAAGCCAGAGAGAGUUAUGAUGCUGCCAUCAAAUGGUGCCUGGAGCUGAUCGCCGACUAUAGAAUCCGUAUCGGAUGCGGCUUCACCGGUUCCUUCAUUGAAUACUUUUCAGAUGACAUAAGCUGUCCUGUGAGGAGACGUUAUCCUCAGAGUACCUCUGACCUCAACUUCCCCAGUAAGCUGAUGUUGGAGGAGCAGUUUUUAACCUCUGACCUUGGGGAGGAAGAGGAGGAGGGCAGCGGCCGUCAGGAGGAGGAGAGGAGGAGGAGGAGAAGGAGGAAGCUGCUGCCUGACCGCUCCAAGGCAGCACGUAACCGUGCCAAUGAGAAACUGGUGGACUUCAUCGUUAAGCAACGCCGGGUGGAGACACGCCUUCUAGGUGUGAUCGGCGGGCAGCAACAAUCUAAGUGGUUGCGAUGGUUCCUGGCAGCCAGCCGUUCAGUAGUGGACACCUACCUGGAGGAUGAGGAUCAGCUGGACCAGGUGUAUCAGUACCUGAGGGGGGUGUAUGAUACCGCCCCCCUCACCGCCCCCUGCCUGGCUGACGUUGACCGCAUUCGCCUCGUCCUGGACGUCCUCUUACCUGAGGCUAUUAUCUAUGCCAUAGCUGGAGUGGACAAGUUGUCACUGGUGAAGGCAGAGGACAAAUACCUAAAAGGGCCCUGUCUGAGUAAAAGGGAAAGAGAGGAGUUUGAUUGGAUGAUCGAGCAACAGAUGAAGAUGAAAGCAUCGAUCGGUCAGCGUCCUGCGCACUGAACAACACUGCCUACUUGGCUUCCAGCUGUCAGACUUCGGGCCGAGAUGAAAUCCGAGGGCUGUAUAGUGCUUUACCUUCAAAUGUCAUUUCUGAUUGAGACGACAUCUGCAGCGUUUUACCGUGAAUGCGAUCUCCACAAAUGCGGCAACGUUGCAUUUAGUCCCAAAGUUUCCAAAUCACAACAAAACUGUUGAGCAUCCUGGGAAGAAAAAAAAGAGCCAUUUAGAACGGUCUCUGAGGACAUUCAACUGCUGUAGUUCAUAGUUCAUACUAGCAGUGGUGUGACUGUGAAUGUGAAACUCCUGGGAGGAGUUACCCUGCGGUCUAGACCAACUACCACAGUAUUUUAUCCAUCAUGGUUGCCCAUUAAGGCUGGAUGACUGUAAAUUCUGUAAAUACUGGUCUAUUUUUAUAUAGAAACGGAAUGUCUUUUUUUUGUUGUGUUUUUUUGUAAUAUUUUAAUUCCUCUUCCUGUUUGAAUUCCUGUCUAAUCAUGUGGUCAUGUAAGGCUAGCUUGUCGAUACCUUCAUCUAUACCUAUUCCUUGGUGACAGGCAUGUGAUAUUCUGAAUGUGAAUCAUGUCAGCUCAAUAAAGCUUCCUCGGUCA